AUGGACAGAAGCUGGAUGCAAGUUUCAAAUAGAUUGAGUAGAGAGUACAUUAAAGGAGUAGAUGAUUUCCUGGAUUUUGCAUCAACCAACGACAACAAGAAAGGUGUGAUUUUGUGUCCUUGCAAGAAGUGUAAUAAUGUCUUGCACUUUACCAAAGAAGAAGUGAAGGCUCAUUUGAUCAUGAAUGGGAUUGUUAAAUCUUAUACAAGAUGGUAUUACCACGGAGAGAGCUUUGUCCAAGAUGACCAUUUUGUCGAUGAAUUGGUACCGGGGGAAGGUUGUGGUAGAAUGAUAGAUUUGAUUAAAGAUGUCAGAGGGCCUGAAGUUGUGGAUUCUAUAAUGCAUGAUGCCUCAGAAGAAGAUAUAGUUCAGCCAGAUCUAGAAGAACCUCCCAAGCAUAAUGGGACAACAGGUAAGUUUUUCAGGCUAUUAGAGGAUGCUGAACAAAAACUAUAUCCCAAUUGUGAGAACUUUACAAAGUUAUCAUUUAUUGUGAAGUUAUUCCAAAUCAAGUGCCUUUAUGGAAUAAGUGAUACUGCAAUUGAAGACAUAUUGAAGUUGUUUAAAGAGGCACUUCCUGCUGGAGAGACUUUGCCCAAAUCUUUUUAUAAAGCUAGAAGGAUGAUCAAAGAUUUGGGUCUUGAUUAUAGGGAAAUAGAGGCGUGUAGGAAUGAUUGUAUGUUAUUUUGGAAAGAGUAUGAAGAUUUGCAAAAUUGCUUACACUGUGGAGAGCCGAGGUACAAAGUGGAGGAAAAUUGUAAAAAAUUACCAAAGGGGAAAGGAGUGCCAUACAAAGUUUUGCGUUACUUUCCUUUAACCCCAAGGUUGCAGAGAUUAUUUAUGUCAUCAGAAGUAGCAUCAAGUAUGAGAUGGCAUCAUGACCAGCGUUUGAAAGAUGGGGUUCUUAGACAUCCAGCAGAUUCUGAAGUGUGGAGAUCUUUUGAUAAGGCAAAUCCAGGUUUUUCUCGAGAACCUCGUAAUGUUAGAAUUGGGUUAUCUGCUGAUGGUGUCAAUCCUUUUGGCAACAUGGACAGUUCUCAUAGUACUUGGCCAGUUAUUGUCACUGCAUAUAACCUACCUCCUUGGAUGUGUAUGAAACAAUCCUAUUGCAUGAUGUCGUUGUUGAUACCUGGUCCUAAAGCUCCAGGAAAUGAUAUUGACGUAUACUUGCAGCCUUUGGUAGAGGAGCUUAAAGAAUUAUGGAUGGAGUACAAAGGGAGCAUUAGCAUGUCCUUCAUGCAAUAA